AUGUUCUUGUUAUUACUAUCAAUACUGAUUCCCACUGUUUGCUCGAUACUACAAGUGCAGAGAAAUGAAAGAAGAUUUUACGAUCAAUUAGAUGGUUUAUGGACAUUUGUAAGAGAGGAAAGGAAUUCACCUUCCGUAGGCAUAAAACAUAAGUGGCAUUUAUACGAUUUGUCACAAUUUGAGAACGCGACUGUAAUGCCGGUUCCGGCAGCUUACAAUGAUCUAACAGCGGAUCGGCAAGUACGUGAACAUGUCGGUUGGGUGUGGUAUCAGCGUAAAUUUUUCGUCAGCGUACGCGAUAAAUCUUAUCGGCAUUUUCUCCGUUUCUCUAGUGUACAGUAUUACGCCGUCGUCUUCAUAAACGACAAAAUUGUUGGCAUUCACGUCGGUGGUCAUUUACCAUUUGAAAUUGACAUCACAAAUCACGUUUUGUUCGAUAAUGAAAAUCGUCUCACCGUAGCAGUGAACAAUACGAUGACCUCAGGAACAAUACCGCCCGGUGAAUUUCGAUACAUUCAAAAACAGCGUGGUGAAAGUAAACAAUAUUCCGAAGGAUUUUUUAAGCAAACAUGGAAUUUCGACUUCUUCAACUAUGCCGGAAUACUACGACCCGUAUAUAUCACGAGAAAACCAUUUACAUACAUUGACGAUAUUAGUAUCAAGGCUGAGGCAAAUGGAUCUUUCGCCUAUAGAAUAAAUACCAUAUCGAGUAGUCAAUUGGGAACGAUUCAGGUGACAGUAAUGGAUGGCUAUGGUACCGUGAUAUUUGAAAGUAAUCGAUAUUAUUACACUGGCCACAUCAAUAAUAUCCGGCCAUGGUGGCCUCGUGAUAUGGGAUUUCCCGUCUUGUAUAACUUCGUGGUUCAAUUAACAAUCUCAGGUAUUUUAAUCGAUGUGUAUCGUUUGUGGUUUGGUUUCCGCACCGUAAGUAUUUCGAAGGAUCAAACUUUCAUAAAUGGAAAACCAUUUUAUUGUCAUGGUUUUGGUAUGCAUGAAGAUUUUGAACUUCAUGGCCGUGGUUAUAAUCCAGUAGUAAUGAUCAAAGAUUUGAAUAUGCUCGAAUGGAUGAAUGGUAAUUGCUAUCGUACAUCACACUAUCCCUACAGUGAAGAAAUGGCUUCCGAAGCUGAUCGUCGUGGUAUUGCUGUUAUCACCGAAACACCCGCCGUUGGAUUAAGGCAAGUUCACCAAAACCAAUUGUUGCAUGCAGAAAUAAUACGUGAAUUGAUUGAACGUGAUCGAAAUCAUCCAUCAACAAUUAUGUGGUCAUUAGCUAAUGAGCCGACGUCUAGUGAUCCAGCAGCUCGAUCGUAUUUCAGUGAACUCAUCAAUCUGACGCGGACAAUUGAUCCAACUCGACCUGUUACAGCUGUACUGGCAGCAAGUUUCGAUGCUGACCAAGUAGCUGAUCUACUCGAUGUAAUUUGUAUCAAUCGGUAUUUUGGCUGGUACAUUGAUACCGGUUAUUUGGAAACCAUUAAUCAUAGUUGGAUAUUUGAAGUGAACAAUUGGAAAUUAAAAUACAAUAAACCAAUAAUUGUGUCAGAGUAUGGUGCGGAAGCGCUGCCAGGUUUAAAUCAAGAGCCAAGUCGUGCCUUUAGUGAGCAGUAUCAGCAAGAACUGUUAAAACAAACACAUCAUGCAUUCGAUAUAUUGCGGAAGAAUCAUACAAUUGCUGGUGAAAUGGUUUGGAAUCUGGCUGAUUUCAUGACAGCUGAUGGUGUGACACGCGUAGUGGGCAACCAUAAAGGAGUGUUAACACGUAAUCGACAACCCAAAAUGGCGGCUUAUAUUUUGAAAAGUCGUUACAAAGAUUUGGAAAAAAAAGUGAAUUAUUUGAAGUAA